CUCCGGCCAGAAGGACUGUUUCCUCUCUCCCUCCCUCUCCCUCUCUCCCUCUCUCGCCCUUUUUUUUCUCUUUUUUUUCCAUAUGCAGAAAGUCCUUCAGAGGAAGAGGUCAGCGACUUGCAGUGGCGGACGCAUCAACUCACGGUAGAUGCGGAAUACUACCCGAGACAGAUGGUUUCGUAAUAAGGGGAGAAGAAGUUGUGAAAGUGCGCAGCUCCCCCAGAAGAGAUGAAGGUCAUGGAGUUGAAACUGCUCACACGUGGUGUCGUCUUCUUCCUGCUGGCUGCCGCUGUGAGGGCUCAAGUCAACCCAGAAAUGUGUCGCUAUCCUCUGGGCAUGACCGGCGGGCAGAUUCAGGACGAGGACAUCUCCGCCUCCAGUCGCUGGUCCGAGUCGACGGCAGCGAGAUUUGGCAGACUUGACUUUGACAACGGGGACGGGGACGGGGCCUGGUGCCCCGACAUCAUGUCAGAGCCUGACGGCCUCAAAGAGUAUCUCCAGGUGGACCUGCGCUCGCUGCACUUUGUCACGCUGGUGGGCACCCAAGGUCGCCACGCCGACGGAAUGGGUAACGAGUUCGCCCAGCGAUACAUGAUCAAGUACAGCCGCGACGGCAGCAAAUGGGUGGACUGGAGUGACAGGAAGGGAAGGCAGGUAAUCGAGGGGAACCGGAAUGCAUAUGACGUGGUGCUGAAGGAUCUGGAGCCUCCCAUCAUAGCACGCUUUGUCCGCUUCAUGCCCGUGACCGACCACUCCAUGAUCGUGUGUAUGAGAGUGGAGCUCUACGGCUGUGAAUGGCUGGACGGCUUGACGUCUUACAGCAUUCCAGACGGGCACCAAAUGAUCUACAGAGGCCUGGAUGUGUACUUUAAUGAUUCUGUGUAUGACGGAGCGUUGGCUGAAAGACUGACGAAGGGCCUCGGCCAGCUGACCGAUGGCACCUGGGGCCUAGACGAUUUCCUCCACAGUCACAUCUACAGCAUGUGGCCCGGUUACGACUACGUGGGCUGGAACAACAAGAGCUUCACCAAAGGUUAUGUGGAGAUGAUCUUUGAGUUCGACCGUGUCCGAAACUUCACUUCCAUGAAGGUUCACUGCAACAACUUGUUUAGUCGAGGGGUGAGGAUGUUCAGACAGGCCUCCUGUUACUUCCGGUCAGGCCCAGACUGGGAGGCUGACCCGGUGACCUUUAGGCCCACUGUGGACCGCGUGAGCCAAAUCGCUCGCUUUGUCACCGUGCCCCUCGGGGACCGCACAGCCAGCGGCAUCAAAUGUCGUUUCCACUUCAGUGACCUUUGGAUGCUGUUCAGUGAGGUGGCCUUCCAAUCAGGCUCGGCAGUGUACAACACAUCUCUGACUCCUCGCAAACAUGGACACCCCACAAACACACUCCCAGGGGAAGAUCCCACUCAUAAAUUGGACGACAGCAACACCCGGAUCCUGAUUGGCUGCUUGGUGGCUAUCAUAGCCAUCCUUUUGACCAUUAUAGUCAUCAUCCUGUGGCGGCAGGUGUGGCAGAAGAUGCUGGAGAAGGCGUCCCGUCGCAUACUGGACGAUGAACUCACAGCCCGUCUUGCCAUCCAGACGCAGGCCUUCUCCUCCCACCACUCCUCUCUGUCCACCGAGGACGGCUCCACGUCCAACUCCACCUACGAGAGAAUCUUCCCCCUCUGCGCCGACUACCAGGAGCCCUCGCGCCUCAUCCGAAAGCUGCCUGAGUUCGCUCAGUCCAUGGAGCACCUCGGGGGUUCAGACGGUGCCCCCCACUAUGCAGAGGCGGACAUCAUCAGCCUGCAAGAGUCCUCAGACAGCCGCAGCCCCUCCAUCACAGCCGUCAACAUGAAUCUCUUUGCCGGCACCGACUCCUCCAUGAAAGAGUUCCCCAGAGACAAGCUCACCUUCAAGGAGAAGCUGGGAGAGGGACAGUUUGGAGAAGUGCACUUGUGUGAGGCCGAGGGCAUGCAGGACUUUCUGGGCGAGGAUUUGUCUUUAGAAGGAAACAAUGAGUCACUUCUGCUUGUUGCUGUUAAAACACUGCGGGAAGACGCCAACAAGAAUGCAAGGAACGACUUCCUGAAGGAGAUCCGUAUCAUGUCCCGUCUGAGGGACCCCAACAUCGUCCGCCUGCUGGCGGUGUGUGUGGACACGGACCCUCUGUGCAUGAUCACCGAGUACAUGGAAAACGGAGACCUGAACCAGUUCCUGUGCGACCUCCGGCUCAAGGAGGCGACUGAGGAAGACAAGGCAGAGCAAGAGGAGAAGGAGGGCGAGAGCAUGGUCAGCUACAGUAAACUGAUUGGGAUGGCCGUGCAGAUCGCCUCUGGCAUGAAGUACUUGUCCUCUCUCAACUUUGUCCACCGCGAUCUGGCCACGCGCAAUUGCCUCGUGGGUAAGAACUACACAAUAAAGAUCGCCGACUUCGGCAUGAGCCGAAACCUGUACAGAGGAGACUACUACAGGAUCCAGGGCCGGGCCGUCCUGCCCAUUCGCUGGAUGUCCUGGGAGAGCAUCCUGCUGGGUAAGUUCACCAUGGCCAGCGAUGUGUGGGCGUUCGGUGUGACUCUGUGGGAGAUUCUGACUCUGUGCAAGGAGCAGCCCUACUCCCAGCUCUCUGAUGAGCAGGUCAUUGAAAACACCGGCGAGUUCUUCAGGGACCAGGGCAAGCAGGUGUACCUGCCAAAGCCGCCGUGCUGUCCCGAACGAGUCUACACUGACCUGAUGCUGAGCUGCUGGAGGCGGAACGCCAAGCAGAGGCCGAGCUUUCAGGAGAUGCACACUCAGCUCAUGGAGAGUCUGGCGUAGCAGACGGGACACGGAAUGUUCCCCUCUCUCCCAGGCGCACAGCGUUUUGGGUCAGAAGCAGCCUGACAAAUGUUUUUCCUGUUUGUUCUAUGCUUGCUUGCCACCGUGGUGCAGUAAAUGGAGAGGGUUAACACUUGAAUGGAGCCUUUUAUUGUAGAUAUCAUGCAAACUAGCACUAUUCACUCAGUGUACUCAAACCUCUUGUGUAUUUAUUAAUUUCUUCUUCUGUGCGUAUUUAUAGAGAACUCCAAAGUAAUCCUAGGAUUUGAAAUACAAUUGUGAUGUUAAAAUGAUCUACUUCUAUUGCACAUGUAUGAGAGAAUGUCAGUACAUGUGUGUACUCAGUGUGUGACCGUUUUUGAUCAAGUUUCUGUUUUUGCUUUUCUUUGUUUUUUUCUUUGUGGCAUGACAAGGACUGUUUUCCGGAUGAGAAUGUGUUUCAACUAUGCAGAAUCUCACUCACAUGCUUUAUAAACAUGUUUAUGAGAAAUACAUUUUUCUGUAUUUUGUUGAACAGGAGCAAAGAAUAAAGAUUUUUUUUAUUAUAUAUAUGUAAUAUCUGUCCAACCAAAGAGCUUUGUAAAU